AUUGGUGUAGGAUAAAAGAGGUGAGAGUAUUAGACAUUUUGAGUGUUCUUUUGGACUUAAAGCUAGGUCUUCAAGUUUCUAGAAACGAGGUAUUCUGAGUUCUGACACAUUCAAAUUCCAAAAACACAAUAAUAAAUAUAGACAUAUUCUUAUACAACAUUCCUAAAUGGCAAGUGACUGAGACAGAACAAACCAUCUCACUGAUCAUAUAAUUUGUCAUUUCUCACCAUGCGUGAGUUUAUGGCGGCUUUGUUUUUCAAAUUCCUUAUCUUAGUUGCAGUCUACAAUGGAAUUCCAAUUUGUUUUGCUGAUUUGAGUAAUGGCGGUUCAGGGUUCAUCUAUGAGGGAUUCCGAUCAGCGAAUCUGAGUCUUGAUGGCAUAGCAGAGCUCACAGACAACGGCCUGCUGAUGCUAUCCAAUGGCACUCACGAUUCCUCCGGUCAUGCCUUUUACCCUGAACUCAUUUCCUUCAAGAAUUCAACUAAAGGUGAAGUUUUCUCUUUCUCCACCACGUUUGUGUUUGCUAUAAGGUCCGAAUUCAGUGCUGUGAGUGCUGAAGGAUUAGCUUUCUUCAUUUCGCCGACGAAAAAUCUUCCCGGUGGCCGGCAAAUGGGAUCGCUCGGCGUCUUCAACCUGAGCUCCGACGCCGGUGAAUCAAACAGGCAUCUCGUCGGAGUCGAGCUUGAUACAUUCCAGAAUCCCAACACUCCUGACUUGGAUAACAACCAUGUGGCUGUGGACAUUGAAUCCAUCGAUUCCGUCCUGCAGAUUCCGGCUGGCUAUUACCCCGACGAUCGUAACAACGGCACGUUCCGAAACCUGACGCUUAUCAGCGGCGACCCAAUUCAAGUUUGGGUGGAUUACGAUGGUACAAAGAAGGAAAUUCAGGUUACAUUAGCUCCAUUGAAAGCUCCUGGUAAACCAAGAUUUCCUCUGAUAAACCUGAAAUACAACUUGUCCCCUGUUCUACAGCAGAGUAUGUACGUCGGAUUCUCAGCAGCCAGCGGUCCGUUUGUUGUUAGGCAUUAUAUAUUAGGAUGGAGCUUCACGAUGAACGGAGGGGCGGAUCAGGGACUUGAUCUCUCAAAACUUCCAAAACUUCCUUCACUUGAACCUAAGAAGGUACCCAUAUUUUUCACAAUUGGGUUGCCUCUGAUUUGCUUACUGACAAUUUUAGCAGCAGUUUUAGUUUUGAUUCGUUACAUAAGAAAACAGAGGAAGUAUGCAGAACUGCUUGAAGAUUGGGAAAUGGCGUAUGGACCUCACAGGUUCAAGUACAAAGAUCUGUACAUCGCCACAAAAGGGUUCAAGGACACAGAGCUUUUAGGUUCCGGAGGAUUUGGAAAAGUUUACAAGGGGGUAUUAGGAUCCCCGAAACAACAAAUUGCAGUGAAGAAGAUUUCCCACGAAUCCAAACAGGGGAUUAGGGAAUUCGUGGCCGAAAUUGUCAGCAUUGGUCGGAUGAGCCACCGGAAUUUAGUUCCUCUUUUGGGUUACACCCGCCGUAAAGGCGAGUUGCUGUUGGUUUAUGAGUACAUGCCGAAUGGUAGUUUAGACAGAUUGCUUUACGGCCAACCGAAAUUCCGCCUGAAUUGGUCACACAGAUUGCAAAUCAUCAAAGGAGUUGCAUCAGGAUUGUUCUACCUUCAUGAAGGAUGGGAACAAAUUGUAGUCCACAGGGAUGUUAAAUCUAGUAACGUUUUACUAGACGGCGAAUUCAAUGGAAGACUAGGAGAUUUCGGGCUAGCGAGAUUAUAUGAACGUGGAAAUGAUCCUCAAACUACAAAAGUUGUCGGUACCGUCGGAUACUUAGCUCCAGAGUAUUACAAAACAGGGCGAGCCACAACGAGUUCGGAUGUUUAUGCAUUUGGGAUCUUUCUGUUUGAAGUUGUUUGCGGGAAAAGGCCGGUGGAGGAAAUAGGACCCGGAGAAGAUAUGCAUUCGGUGGAAUGGGUGUUUUCGUUUUGGAACGAUGGGAGAAUUGUUGAGGCAGUUGAUCAGAAAUUAGGUAACGAUGAAAUGGUGAAGGAUGAGGUAGAAUUGGUGUUGAAGCUUGGGUUGUUGUGUACUCAUCCUGACCCGAAGGCUAGGCCUUGUAUGCAGAAAGUAAUGAUGUAUUUGAACGACUCGUUGCCUCUGCCUGAAUUGUCAUCCACGGGGCUUUCUGCAAGUGACAUUAUGAUUGCUUAUGGUAAAGGUUUUGAAGAUGUUUCAAUGGCGAAAUUGAUUAAUUCUCCUUCGUCGUUGGGCAAGACAUCUUCCACUCCGUUAACCUUCGUGGAAGACUCGUUCCUUUCUGGUGGUCGUUGACUCAUUCAGUGGCUGUGGAAUUUAACGUUUGAUAAUUUGGAAGGUUGUGUGUUAGUGAGGGUGAAAGAUCCCCUUUUUUUUUUUUUUAGUUUAACCUCCAUUCAUGUGUAUCAUGAUUGACGUGGUGUAUUUUUCUAUAUAUUUUCGCAACAAAUACUCCGAUGUCUUGAAUACGAGAGGAUUACUUUUUUAAGUAGGAUUGCCUAAUCAAAAGCUAUAAUCACCUUAUCAACAACACUUGGUCAAAAUGGUAAAUGUAUUGGACCAGUAAAAUUAUG